AUGGUGAAACAACUCUUAGCUAGGAGAGCAUACCGCGUUAGACCUAGGUACUUUUCACAAGAGUCUAAUCCGGGGAGGAGAAUUGCACGGGAUGUCAAGGAAGUGGAACAGUGGUGGAAAUCGGACAGAUUUCAAGACGUGAAAAGACCGUACACGGCACUCGACGUCGUUAAGCACCGCGGUUCUUUACCCACUGACGUUACAAAAUACCCUUCCUCCUUCCAAGCCACCAAGCUACACAGUCUGAUCAAUGAGAAAUUUGCCGCUAAGCAACCGUUGCACACUUUAGGGGUGAUAGACCCAGUUCAGAUGUCGCAACUAGCCAGAUGUAAGGAUAUUCAAGUAUCGUACGUGUCAGGUUGGGCGUGCUCCUCUACAAUGGUUGGUUCCACAAACGAAGUCUCCCCCGAUUUUGGGGACUACCCUUACGAUACUGUCCCCAAUCAGGUGGAAAGAAUUUUCAAAGCUCAACAGUUGCAUGACCGUAAAGCCGUCUUAGAGUCUAUAGAGACGGGGGGAGAGCUGGUUGACUACAUGAAACCAAUAAUCGCAGACGCGGAUAUGGGUCAUGGUGGUCCCACUACAGUGAUGAAAUUGGCCAAACUGUUUGCAGAGAAGGGUGCUGCAGCUAUCCACUUAGAGGACCAGUUGGUUGGUGGUAAGCGUUGUGGUCACCUAAGUGGCGCCACGCUUGUCCCCACUUCAACGCACUUAUCGAGACUCAUCGCUACAAGACUACAAUGGGAUAUUAUGGGGACUGAAAAUUUGAUAAUUGCAAGAACGGAUUCUUGUAACAGUAAAUUGAUAAGCAGUAAUAUCGAUCAAAGAGACCACUCUUUCAUCCAGGGGAUUGUAAAUGGAGAGAGCCUGCCAUGGGCAGAUUUAUUAUCAGAUAUGGAGGGUCAGGGUGCCUCUAAGGAUACGAUUGCUUCGGCAGAACUUGAAUGGUACGAGUCCAACCCACUGUACACUUUCAACGAGGCGUUACAACUUCAAAUGACUCAAGAGGAGUACAAGAGGUACGUUGAUAUGAUGGACCGUGUGAAAAUGGGGAAACAAAAGACUUUUUUGAGUAUUAGUGAACAGGAAGCAAUUGCCAAGCAGGUUGCCCCCACAAAAAGAAUAAAUUUCAAUUGGGAUAAACCACGGUCCAAGGAAGGGUACUACAUGUUCAAAGGGUGUAUGGAGGCCGCUUUGCAAAGAUCGUUGGCGUUUGCCCCCUAUGCGGACAUGCUAUGGUUGGAGACGAAAACACCGGAUUUGGAACAGGCCCGGUUUUUCAGUAACCAUCUCCACGGGGAGAUACCGGAGGCCAAAUUAGUGUACAACCUUUCCCCCAGUUUCAACUGGAUGGCCCACGGGUUUACCAACGAAACACUACAAAGUUUUAUCUGGGAUUUGGCAAGGGAAGGGUUUGUACUCCAGCUAGUAUCCCUGGCAGGGUUACACGUGGACGGUGUAUCCUUCUGGGAAUUGGCAAGCAAAUUCCAGACUCAGGGGAUGCGCGCGUACACAGAAGUGGUCCAACAGAGAGAGAAAACCCUCCACUGCGAUUUGCUAACGCACCAACGUUGGUCUGGAGCAGAGUACAUCGACUCGUUAAUGAAAGUGGUACAGAACGGGUCAUCUUCCCAAACGCUGAGUACGUCUGGAGACAGCUUCACAGAAAAGCAAUUUUGA